GAAAUCGAUGUGACUUUUGCAAGAUGAAUUUUUCCGUAAAAACGCUGAGUUUUAUUCGCAACUUUUCAACGGCAAUAAAAAAUGUCAAGUCUUCGAAGCAGACAAAUCUUUCCGUCAUUGCUUCGAAUAGAUUCGAUAGUAUCAGUUAUACAAAUGAGCCGGUACUUCAAUAUAGGCCUCUUUCGAAAGAACAAAUGGAUUUGGAAAGGGCUUUGGUACAACUGCAAAGCGAAUGCUCUGAAAUUCCUAUAAUUGUGGGUGGAAAAACUUAUAAAACCGAGAAGGAAUGCUAUCAAGUUUUACCCCAUAAACAUUGUCGCAAACUUGCUAAGUUCUAUCAUGCUGAUGAAAAAAUUUUACAAGAGGCCAUCGAAUCUGCCGUAGAAGCUCAAAGAAAAUGGGACUUUACAAAUUAUAAUACUCGUUUCAAAAUUUGGGAAAAGGCAGCUAACCUGAUGGCGACUAAAUAUCGGGCACUAUUAGUAGCGGCCACAAUGCUGGGUCAGUCCAAAACUGUUUUUCAAGCCGAAAUAGACGCCGCUGCCGAGUUAAUAGACUUUAUACGCCUAAAUGCACAAUUUUGCAAGAAAUUGCUUAAUUACAGACCGACUAGUGUGGAUAUAUUGAUAACUCAAAAUCAUUUUCUUCUUCGUGGCUUAGGAGGUUUUGUGGCGGCUAUUAGCCCAUUUAACUUUACAGCGAUCGGUGGAAAUUUGGCUUAUACACCCGCUCUUAUGGGCAAUGCCGUCUUAUGGAAACCUGCUGACACAGCUAUGCUAUCCAGUUGGCUAAUAUUUAAAAUUAUGAGGGAAGCUGGUGUACCCGAUGGUGUGGUUAAUUUUGUACCUGCGGACGGGCCGACGUUCGGCAAAGCUGUAACGAGUUCCACGGAAUUGGCCGGUAUUAACUUUACCGGUUCUGUGCCAACUUUCAAAACGUUAUGGAAAAUGGUAUCUGAUAAUUUGGACUCUUAUAAGUAUUUCCCCCGUUUGAGCGGAGAAUGUGGUGGUAAAAAUUUCCAUUUCGUGCACCCUUCAGCUGAUGUGGAUACUGUUAUCGCCGCUACGAUACGCAGCGCUUUUGAGUACAGCGGCCAAAAGUGUUCGGCUUGCUCUCGCCUCUAUGUACCUGCAAGUUUAUGGGAUUCUAAAAUCAGAAAACCACUCUGUGAGAAGACCGAUCAUUUAAUUUUAGGUGAUGUCAGCGAUUAUAAAACAUUUUUGGCGGCGGUUAUAGACGAAAAAGCUUUCAAACGGAUUUCGACGUAUAUAAUUGCUGCAAAAAGCAACCCUCGAUGCCAUAUUAUAGCUGGAGGAAAAGUUUUCGACUCCUGUGGUUAUUUUAUUGAACCUACUAUACUACUUUUAUCAGAUAUCGAUGAUCCCUUACUGAAACAGGAAAUAUUUGGCCCAGUGCUAAGCGUCUAUGUAUAUAAAGACGCAGACAUGGAAAAAACCAUUGAUCUGCUAACCUCGAAUACGCCGUACGCUUUAACCGGAUCUGUGUUUGCAACUGACGAAACUUUUAUAAAAUCGUGUUUAUGGAAUUUCAGGCAUGCAGUUGGCAAUUUUUACAUAAACGACAAAUCGACAGGUGCUGUUGUGGGUCAGCAACCAUUCGGUGGCGGUAAAAUGUCAGGUACAAACGAUAAACCCGGUUCUCCGUUUUACUUGCUGCGCUGGACUUCACCAAUUUCGAUCAAGGAAACGUUUGUGCCACAACACGAUAUUUAUUACCCAUACAUGGCUAUCCCUACUGAAUAA